CCCUCCGCAGAUAGAAACUCGUUUUUACUCUUUGAGCACUCACUUACUGAUUCGCCACCUCUCUUGACUGUUUGACUUGGUCUUCUUUUAGAUGCGAGAAAAAGAGAUUUUGAGUCAGUUGGUUAUUUGUUACAGACGUGAACGGUGUUAUUGACUUUGUGCGAGUUCGACGCGCGUUGCGCUCGCUUUGGACUUUAUUAUUAUUUAUUCUUAUAAAUAUAUUUUUUUCUUCUGUGAUCUUCAUUUUGUGUGAUACAUAUAUAUGUGGAUUAUAUUUAUGCUGGAUUUGAGAAGAUGAUUUUCAUUUCGAAAGUUGUAUAACCUCGUAUGAUUUCGUUAUGAUGAUAACGGCAGCCGAACCACCUAUUAUUCUGCGUAAACCUAGAUUGAUUGAGAUUCCUUCACCUCAGUGCACCACCAGUCCUCAUCAUCCUGCAUCUCGCCCUCUCUAUUCACCACUCAGUCCGAGCAGCAACAGCAUGUCACCUAACCCAUAUCCAACCUCAUCUGCACCUUCAUCAGUUGUCUGGAGCAACCCCAUUGAAGUUCCUGUUGACCUGACUGCAGCCCUAAAAUCGAAGGAGAUUUUCCCGGCCAGGAAGCAACGCGAAUUCAUCCCUGAUUCGAAGAAAGAUGAUAGUUACUGGGAUAGGCGAAGACGCAACAACGAGGCUGCUAAAAGAUCUCGUGAAAAAAGGAGGCUCAAUGACAUGGUACUCGAAACCCGCAUGUUGGAACUGACUAAAGAGAACGCUAUGCUGAGGGCCGAGCUGGCUGCUGUAAGGGACAAAUUUGGUUUGCCCCCACAGCAGUUAGUGAAUCCUGAACAAUUGCAUUUGCACAUUCCUUGCCCUACUGUAGAUGUGAGGAAUCGCAGGAGCAAACUCCUCAGCACGCUUUUGCCAAAUUCAGAGUCGGGAGUGAUGAACGGAGCACCAGCUCUGCUUAACCAUUCUCCAACUGCCAACAGUAGUGUUCCAGAGCACCAUGUACACCACAUGAUGCCUCACCUGCACAUGAUGGAUCCUGCUCAAUGGCAGGAGUGCCACGAAACUGCCAUGAAAGAAUCCCAACAGCAUCAUCAAGUAAUGAUGAUGAAUCAUCAUCACCAGCAGGCUCAGCAACAACAUCUUCAUCAACAAGUCAUUCAGCGUUUGAGCGUGAACAGUGCCCCGAAUGAACCCGAUUUUGUAUCGAAUCAUCGUGAUCGUCACCAGCCUGAGGAAGACAACAGAAGAAUAAUCUCACCUCGCGAAUCUCCGCAUCCUGACGAAACUCUUUCAUGGUCAUCCGCAGACGAACCGAUCCAGAGUCAGAUUCAUUCUCAACACUGUCUGCCUCACAAGUUGCGACAUAAGACUUUGAUUGGAGACAAAGAUCAUUUUGUCACUGUUCCUUCAUAUCCUGACAGCGGCCGAAGCAGCGGAAGGGAGGACACUUCUUCUGAUGGAGAUAGCAGCACGGGAGGUGGAAAGGAAUCUCCUGUCCACAAAAUGAAUGAACCUGAUUCAUCCCCCGAUUCAGGACCACCUAGAAAGAUGCCCAGACUGUCCAGACGAAGCAAAGGCGUCAAUUCAGACCUACAGGCGGAAAAUUUCCACCUCAGGUUUGAAUUGAAGAAGCUAGCAUCGGAAGUUGCAGGUCUGAGGGACAUGCUGCUUUGCAACAGGCCACCAUCGUUGGAUAUGCAGACAUCUGUCGAUCCAACCACUCCUCCUCACAGCAAUCGAACGUCACCAAAUAUUAUUGAACCACAAGAACCUCAAACUGUGAAUGAAUGAGGUGAACUUUAAGUGAUACAUUGCAGAACUAUACUGUGAACUCUUUGAGUUACUGUAGCUUUGUACAUGACAAAACUCAGAUUCGUCCACCACGAGUGAUCAUUUGAGCAUUUGUUUCAGAGACUUAUCCAGAUUCGAAGUAGUGCGAACUUUAAAAAAAAAAGCAUUAUAAACUUUUGAAGCAGAAAGACUUUUAUCUGUCAUUUUCAAAAUUGCUUUUGAAAGAUUUGUUUGCUUUGUAUUUUGGAAUCUAGACUUACUAAAAAUGAAGAUAAAAUGUUUUUAAAUUUCACUUGUUUUUCUCAACUUCAUUUGAGUAAAUUUCAGUUCCCAUACUUUUUACUGAACUUUAUAAACCUUAUUAAGUGGCUGAAACAGUACUUACUCUUAGUCUAACCUGAAGCGGUUGACCUGCUAUGUAAACGCACUACUUUUAUAAUUCAUUUUUUUGUGCCAAAAUUGAAAAUGAACUCAGAAAUUUAAAGGUGGACGUUACUGGUAAUAAUAAACUAAGUCAUUUACGUUUUUUUUUCAUACUUUUUCAUUCAGAAGCUUCGUAUUCUGUUUUGUCAUUCAACUUUUCUUUUGUAUGUACACCAGUGACACCAAAGCACUCUUUAAUUACUUACUCUGGAACUUCUCUAGCUUGUUGUAGUGACAAGCAUAUAAUAUUUAAUUAGUAUUAAAAACAUCCGAAUUUUGUAAUUUAAAAAAAUUAUUUCUUUUGUGAUUUUGACAUUUCUCUUUAGAAAGGUGAAUUGUUAAUAAACGUGUGACCAUAUUAUUUAAUGGACCAAAAUGUACUUUUCUGCACAAACUCCUUACAGAAAGUCUUAGUAACUCUUUCUUAUAAUUUAUAGUUAGAUUUUUCUCUUCUCUUUUCUGAUAGAAAUUUAACAUGAAGUAAUUGUUGUGAAUUCCCAUAAGCAUGAAAAUAUCUCAAAUUUCUUAGAAUCUAUAUCAACCUUCAUCCAACCUAAAGUAUUCCCUUUGCUCAAUUGUAUCUUGUGCAUUUUGACAUGAACAACGUUCUUGGGACAUCAGUAUUUUUUUAACAGAAAUAUUCCAGAAUUUUUAUAUAUAUUACUUCAAAUGAAGAAUUCUUUGGGAACAAACUUUUGCCAACUCCAAUGCUACUCAUUUUUGAAAAAAAAUCAUUUUGGUACUUAACGGAACCUCAAUAGGACUGUUUUUAGUAUCUGUGUUAUUUGGAGCUUAAAUGUGGUCAAUAUAAAAAAAAAAUUGCUAACUAAUUUUUUUAACAUUUAUACACAACCUGUGGAAGAAAGGUUGUAUGAAUGAGUAAAAAUUUUAUCAUUUAGUAAUUAAUAGUUAAAGAAUGGAAAGAGAGAAAAACUCCAAUUUACAUUAAUAAAAGAGUUGUAAUUUUUUGAAUGAAUAUUUAAAAAAAAAGGAAUAAAAUAUAUUCAAAUAGUUAUUAAAAAUGUAAAUUUUGAAAAAAAAAAUACUAGAUUCACUUUCCUUAAUAAGUAGCUAGCAAUCUCAGAUGUAUUAUUUGGGUGUAGUAAAUGUACAUAAAAUAGUGAUUUGUUUUAGUUAUUAAUUUGUUGCAUAUGUGACUGUAGCGCCAUCGGUGUUUGUUUAGGAAUUAUAGAUCUGAAAGAGGCAAAAAGGAUUGAAAUUUAAUGUAUGUGAGUUGCUCAGUGUUAAUUUAAGUAAGUGUCUGAAUUAUUGCAUUUGUACUAUAGAUCGUUGUUUGUAAUCUACUAGAUGUGCUAGCAGGCUAUUUCUUUUAAAUUUCAGAGAAUUUUAACUAAGGAAAUAUGUAAGUGGAUCUUUAAAAAACUCUUGCUCAAAUUUUUGAGAGUUAAAGCGUUUCAGAGCUUCUUAUAUACAUAUAUAUAAUUCUAUAUUUCAAAACUCGAAUUUUAUACUAUUUUUAAUUCAUAUUUUUAUCUAAAAAUAGUUCUUAUUUUAUUUAAGCAAAAUUCAUUCUUUUAAUUUUCUAAAAUCAAAUAUUUACAAAAAAAAUUUUUUAAUCUAAAAUUCCAACUCAAAGCAUUAGAAUGAAAGGCUAUAUUGGAAAAGAAAAUAUUCUAGAAUGUUUUUAAAUCCGUGAAACUUUCAUUCUGUGAAUGAAUUUGUUAAUGUUUUCGUCAUCUGCGCACUUUUCACGCGAAAAAACAUUUUUUUUUCGUAAUAAAGCUUAUCUUUUCGAUUAUUUAUUGAACUGUGCUUCUGUUGUUAUAUGCCUAGUCUAGAAUACAUAAAACAGUAGUUUGUAGUGGUCCCAUAAUGUGGAAUGUAGUGUACUGUAUGUCCUUUGCUUCUCUUGUCAUGUGUUAUAUCUUCAAACAUGGAAUGUUUCUGUUCUGUUUGUACUUCUCUCUAAUAAGGUUUAGUCACAUCAGUGACUUUUAACCCUUUAUCUUCCACCCCUUUGUGAAGUGAUGUUGACUAUAAUAAAAUAUUUUAUUAAUGUUAAAA